AUGCCCCGUCUUGAAGCCCUCGCCGCCCUCGCCGUUCUCGGCCUGGCCCACGCCCAGUCGACCGUGGGCUUCGGUCCCUACUUCAGUUUGGGCCCUACGCAAAGCUGGAUCCGCGAGGCCACCACGACCCUCGUGCUUCCAGAGGUUCCCAGCCCCGUGGCUGACCGUCUUGCGCUGUGGCCUGGCAUGGGCACCAGCGGUGGCGACCUGAUCCAGGCGCUUGCGGUAUCGUUUUCCGAUCCUAAUGCUAACUGUGGCGGUACAUCCGGCCAGUGGUGUAUCUGGGCCAGUACCCUCGAGGACACCCAGCUCGGUGGAACACAGGUCCCCGCUAACGCGGGCGACAAGGUGACUAUGCAAUACAAAUACAACGACUCCACCGCCAAGUACGACCAGACCGUCUCGCUGAACGGCAAAGUCGUCUCGACUCUUUCGACCAGCUCCGGUCAAGCUCAGGGCUGGGGUACGGCUGUUGAGUGCCAGGACAAUGCUUGCAAGAGCACUGCGCGCGCGCACCAAUACCUCGACACAACCAUCAUCCUCAACGCCGCGGACAGCACCUUCGCCGGCACCCUGGCGACCAACGAGGUUAGCUCCACAGGGCUGAAGACGUCGGAUUCGAAGACUUUCACCGUGGAGACGAUCAAUGUGCAGGCGCAUACUUAUGAUCUGUAA